UCAAUGUAUGUGGAGAGCGCCAGUGUGAGUUUCACAAGAAAAUGUCACAUUUGCCAGUGGAUGCACGCGCCAUUUUGCAUUAUUUAAAUGAAUUGGGCUACCGAAAUAUCUCGGCAGAACAACUGAAAGAAUUCUUAAAAGCCAUAUUGGGCCUAAAGGUAUGCAACCGCAAUCGGAAAUCAUCAAAAAAAGCAAACUCAAAACACAGCAACAGCGGCAAAGCACACUUCAGCAAUUGCCAACAACACCAACAACAAGGAAUCUCUCGACAGGCACUGCAGCAGCAACAGCAGCUUCGCCAGGAGCAUCACCAGCAGGUGCUACGGUAUCCGAUAUCCAUAAACAACGUACUCCUGUCAAAGUAAUCAAAUGCAAGAAACCCCUUUGCCAUUUUAAAUUCUAUUUGGAUAUAUGUGACCAUCAGCUGACCAAACGUAUCGAGGAACAAAUCAAAUUAUUGGGAGGUUCAUUGGAGUUCUUUUUGACGUCCAGUGUAACACAUUUUGUAACCGAUAAACCAUUAGUUGCCGCCGCAGCAGCCGCCGGUGCUGUCAAUAGUAACAACAGUUGUCCUGGUACCCCACAAACACCUCAGACACCACAAACACCACAGACUCCAUAUUCGAUAGAAAAUUUUGAAAGCUCUAGAGCAAAUAAUGGCAGUGCAGCAGUCAACUCCAAGAAACCAAUACGUAAUUCUAGAGCCGAUGCCAUACUAAACCGUGCCAGACGUUUAAGUACUGCCGCCACUGCGACACCCACCUCAACUGGUUGCACUACACGAAGAGCAUCGACCGUCGAUCAGCUAUCACAGUCAGCAGCGGUAAUCGCCACAACACCUCUGAAAUCGCGAGAUAAUGUUGGACCACCUCCUCCGUAUGUUGUGUGGCAGUGUGAAAAUGCUUUAAGAUUUUUCAAAAAAGUCCAACACGAGCUAAAGGAUUAUUUGGCAGAUUCAGCCAACGGUUCUCAGAAGUCGUACACGGUCGAGCCCAUUAGUCUCAAAGGUGGUUUCAUAAAAAUAGAGGCACUCAAACGCAAUUAUCGUCCCUAUUACCACCUAUUCAAGAAGCCAGUAAGUGAGUGGCCCAAAAUAGAAUUAACCCGUGAAGACGGCGCUUUUCGUUUAUCACCCAAAAAGGAUAUCCCCAAAGAGGAUAAACUCAACGACGGUGGUGAUACAAAUCAGCUAAAAGAUAACAACAUGACUCGCAAAUCAAGAUCGAGAUCAGCUCAGAACAUUAGAAAACCGCAAAAUAAUGAUAUUCUCAAAUCGCCCACCAAUUCACAGAAAAACAGCGUAUGUAAGAAUCAGGCUCAAGCUCCAAAGGAUUCAUCUGACAAACAGUGUGGAGUCUGUGAAAUUUGUAAAAUAGAAUAUGACGCUCUAACCAUCCACCUGAAGACCAAGGAUCAUGAAUAUUUCGCUAAAAAUUCGCAAAAUUUCAUUGCCUUGGAUUCGUUGAUAACAUCUUCGGCAGAUGUUAACAAAUUCUUGAACGAAAAUCGUAAAUUAGACUCGAAAACCGAGCUGGAAGAAAUGGAAGUUGACCAAGAAGAGCUAGUCGGUCAUGAAGUAGAUCCUCUGGAAGAUGAUGAAGCCGUCGAUGAAGCAGAUGCCGCUGCAGAAGAGUCGUGUAAACCAUCGAAAAUAACGACGACGAUUUCGCCAACACUAAGAGAAAAAUCCAAAAGGUCGACGAAAGGAAAACAUUCCUCGGAGAAGUUUAAGAAUGCAAUCAUCACUACCAAAUCACCAAAGACUCCUAGUCCACAGAAAACUGCGCCACCGCCACCAUUACCACCUCUGGUUGUUAAGACUCCAGUCACAAGUCGCAAAAAGCAUCCUGGAUCUGCAUCAAAUGCCGUUUUGUCACCGCCAAUACGUGCCAUGUUGCCACCAAAUUCCCUCUAUAAAGUUGUGGAAACACAUACAGCGGAUGUCCAGUGUACACCGACGAAGAACAGAGGCGGUUUGGAUAGUGCUGUGACCGCUUCGCCCUCUAUAAUUGUGAAGUUUAAAAAGGUGCGCAAUACCGAACUGCAGGUAUUGAAUGGAGAGGCUGAGAACUUUAUGUUCCCCAAGAAGAGAAGUGACUCGAGUGAAUUGCCCACGGAUAUCGAUAGGCACACGAGUUCAGAUCGUGCCCAAAAUACAGCGUCUAUUUGUACGUCCUCGUCGGCGGGUACACCCUCAGAGGCGACACCAUCGUCCGAUUCCGACGAUGAGAAUGAAGAAUAUUUCGAAGAAUGUCCUAAAAAGUCAAUGGUAAAUGGUCAAAAGGCCAUAGCAAAGGCCAAAAGAAAACUACCUGCCCAAACAACGGGGAAACGUAAUGUAAUUAUCACACCUGUAAAUACCCAAGAAGAGGGCAGACAAACCUAUGUGAAAACGCCCAUACCAACAAAGGGCCUCAAAGCUGCUAGUACUACCACCCUCACCACUUCGACCUCGAAAGGCGAGGGAGGUAGGCAGAGCUUUCCGAAGGCCCCCAUCCAGCCACUUGAACAACUGAAAAAGAACGCAACUCAUAGCGUCGGACGAAGAAAUUCAGCAGCAGCUCCAAGUUCUGCUGAAAUUUUAGCGGAGACAGCUAAAAUUGUUAUUCCUGAAGCAACACGGAAAAGUUCCCGAACCGCAACGGCUAUAGUUACGGCAGCUACGACCAGUACUCGUAUUAUGCAGGCCGCUGUUGAUGCAGCCAAGAAUAAGUGUAAGCAACAGCUUUCCGGAGGAACUGCACCGGCGGUAGUUACCAACGGCACAGGCAAAGUCGGUAGGCCUUCCUCCAAAUCAACAACAAAGAAAAUUGAAACUAAAAAGGAAAUCAAAAAGGAAAAGAUGGAAGAGGAGGAGGAGGAGAUAAAAACGCCGAAGGAAACUAAACCAAAGCCCGUUAUUGAGGAACUAGGAACUAGAAAACUACGCUAUAGUCACCGUCAAUCAGUUGUAUUUCAUACGGAGGAUAGGAUGGGGGAGAAUACCACCAAAACCAAUAAAUGUACAAGAUCAUCAAAUAGUAAUACUAAUGAAACAAAUGCCGCUCCGGCGACGACAAAUAACACCAGCAGAUGCGAGAAGAGAUUACGCGGAGGAACUGCCAUUAUUUACAAAAAUGAAAGUCUCGAUGAGGAGGACUACGAUGAUGAUCUCUCCGUGGAUAAUGAUGAUGAGAAAGACGAAGACUUUAAAGUGUCAGAAAGCAAAGCUAAGACGUCACCCAAGAAGUCACAUAACGUCACAACACCAGCUCAAAUAACUCCGCAAGUCCAAUCAUCAGCGAAUAAGUCAACUAAAUCGGCUACGGAGCAGGUGUCCACCGCAACAAGGCAAAGAAGUACCCGUCAUCUUGGAAAGACAAUUAAGACGGAAGUUAUUUCGGAUGUUGAACAGGAACCAGAGGAAGAUGAAAAGGAAACAGUCGAGCCAAAGGCCAAAACGAGGGCGAAAACUAGUGAUAAAGAUGCUACAGAAAAGAAGAAAGCAGAAGCCCAUCAACCAACACCACAAACACAACCACAUUCACUAACAUCUCCUCCUAAAAAAUCUCUCAGAAAAUUGGCCCUGUCGACCAAAGAAGAAAAGUCUCCUUCCAAAACAACGACCCAACAAAGUGAUAAAAAACAAGAGGAACCACAAACGCCGACCAACAACAAAUCCUCAUCAACCACUAGCUCGCCAUCGAAAAAGGAACAAUCCUCUCCUUCUAGAUUCUUCGAUUACACCAAAAGUGAGCGUCUCAAAAAAUUAAGAUAUGCCUUUGAGCGCUUACCCGAGUACGAUUUAUGGUAUCGUGUUUAUAGACGUCAAGAUAACUGCGAAGAGAAGUACUUUGAAUAUUUUGGUUCUACAACAUAUCGGAAACUUCCAUAUGAAAUGGGACCGGUGCCCUUUGAAAUGUCCCUGCAAGGCUCCAUGGGGACGAAAGUGUGUUGUAGACUUUGUCAGAAUAAGGACACUAACAAGCAAGAGACUGAAGAUAAACAGGCAGCAGUAACGUCAUCGAGAAUCGGCGUUGUCGAGGGUCGUGACUUCGAAACGAAGUGUGAAAACUUGAUCAAACAAGAGGAAGACACACAACACUGUGGUGCAUCUUCCAACUCAGGCCUCGCCCCAACUACAUCACAACAACAAGAACAUUCCAAACUCUCAAACUCCACCACAGAUUCCAAUGCAACAUCAACACCAUACACGCACAAACAUAAGAAGCUGCAUCUGCUGCAACGUUAUCGCCAGGAACAGGAGCAGCAGGAAAAGUUACAGCGUCAAAAACUGGAAGAACAGGUGCAGAAUAGUAAUGCUCAUCGUUUAUCCGCUGCGGCAGCGGCAGAAGAUGACAGUAACAGGAUGGAAAUAAAACAGGAAGAUGUUACCCGCAGUAGGCAUGAGAGAGCCGGCUCUACCCACAGUAAUGCAAGUAGCUGUGCGAGCAGUACGGGCACAUUUGGUAAAUCGCGGCAGAUGCAUAAAAAACUGCUCAACAAGGCGACGUUUAUGGCCCAUUUGGAGUUGCCACCUCGGAAGUCUCCACGCGAACAUGCCUCUACCUUGGCAUUAGUCAGUUGUAUUAUAAAACAGCGAAAAGACUCGGUGAGCAAGUCCAACUCGGAAGUUGAUGAACCGAAAACACCCACAGCCGAGGACUCUAAACCGCUUCCAACAAUUCCUCCCGCCCAAGAGCCACCAUCUACCGAAAAAGAAAUACAUUUACAAAAAGUGGCUCAACGUUUGAAAACUCCACCACCUGCUGCCAAAACACCCGCCAGACAAUCUCCUCUGCCACAGAGUGCCGUUCUAAAUUCACCAAGAACUCGCUCACAGGCUGCGACUCCUGUCGAAGAACUACGUUUUGCAACUGAAAUAUCGGAAAAUGUAAAGCGUAUGCGACGGGGGCGCAACAAAUAUGAUUAUUCUCCGCCUUUUGUAGCACGGGCAUCGACGGCUGUUCGUCCCUCUAGGGGUCGUCCACCUAAUAACGUUUCGAUGAACCUUUUUGGCAAAUAUUCAGCCGGAAAUGCUUCAGUGGCGGCAGCAUUAUCAUCGCAACAAAGAUCAAGAACACCGAAUACCUCGAAUACAAGAACUCGCGAAUCUCUGGGGGCCAGUGGAGGUGUUGUAAAACGUGGCAGAGGUCGGCAAAGAAUUAUUGGUGUCCAUCGAAAUUCUUUAGCAGCCAAAAACAGUAAAAAUAUUCUACCGUCUAUACGUAAGACUGGUUCCAAAAAAGGUGUACUUGAAUUUGAAGCAGAUGCAUCAGCGUUGGAAGCUUUGAAGAAAAUAACCACAGAAUAUAAAAGUCCUAAAUUUUUAGAAUGGCAAAUUGACAAGUUUUUGACAUUAACGCCGACUGGCAGUACAGAUCUGGAGAACGAAUUGUUGGAUUUAUAUGACGGUCCUACUAAUGAAUCAUCAAAUGUCAGCUCUCAACCACCUACCCACCAAGAACAAGAUAUGCCACCUGCCGCCUCGACAUCAUCUGCUAUUCUGAAUACACCCCCUGCAACCGAUUACUUUUCCAGUGAUUUUGAUCUUUGCGAUUUGAUAAAUCAAGAUCUGGAAAAUAGCCUGAAAGAUAGCGAUGAAGCCAGAGCAGGCCAAGAUCCAAAAUCGAAAAAGUUUAGCAUAUUUAACUCGGCACAUAUGUUGGGCUAUUAUCGUAAACGGAAAAAUCCCAAAACAAAUCGGACGGGAUGGCCAAAAGUGUGUCGAAAGAAAACCGUAACCCGCCAACAAGCCCAGAGUAAUAAAAUUUACUUCCUGGACAAUGGUUUAGCGACGAAACAAGAAGCUGUAAAUGUGGGGGAGAAUACGAUACGCAUUAAACAGGAACAGAUAGAUGUAGAUGGUGAAGAUAGUAUGGCCGGCGGGGAGAAGUUAAUGGGUGAUGAUGAUGAGGAAACUACUCAAGACAAGACACAAAACGAUGGUGUUAUUACACCGCCCGAUUCCGAUGUUGAAAUGGCCGAAAAUGGAAAGUGUCGUGUCGGUGACGAAGAGGAAACUAUGAACAACAUCAUGGCAGAUGAGGAUGAGGAUUCGCAAGUAGGUCUCAAUGAAGAUUCGCAAACAGCCGAUGAUGACGACGACGAGGAGGAGGAUAAUGAAACUAUGGCUGAUUCCAUUGAAGAAGAGACGGUCAAUGAACCACCCAAGCGAGUUGAUUCGGAUGGUGAAUUGGAGGAAGAUGGUGAUAUCGAGGAGGAGGAGGGAGGAAAUGACGAAGAAGAUGAUGACGAUAAAGAACGCGAAGAAGACGAUGAUGAAGAUGCCCAGGAUGUUGAAUGUAAAAAGAUUCUAAAGAAAUCGAAACGUUCUACAUCAAAAACUUUUCUCGCUCAAGAUGAUGAAGAUUCCUAUGAACCACAAGAGAAGCGGUUACGUUGUUUGGUAGACGAAACAUCAACUCUUAGUCCUGUGGACAAAUCUCGGUCGCAUAAUGUGGCAACAACAUCAACUCCCUGUACGCCGUUUAUGCGUGCUUUACGUCGUACCCCGCAAUUGAAUGGCAGCCUUGGUAGCUGUAUAAGUCCCAGCGAAAAGGCUGGUGAUAAUUCGGAUAUUUUUACAGUUUCAUCUGAUGGCCUAGAUACAGAUCUCGAUCUUAGUAACUCACAUUCACAGCUAAGAAAUACCGGCGACGAUGAAGGGCUGCAGCAUCAUCAUCACCAUCAUCAUUUACAGCAAAAUCAUGAUCAUUCGAGUAAUACAACAACAUUGAAUAAUAGUAGUGCAACAACGCCCAAACGUAAAUUUGAUUUAUCGAAAUAUGCACCCACAAAUGCUGCCUCAUGUGCGGCGGAAGCAGCAACGGCUGCCGUCAAAUCACUGGCCAUUUCACAGUUUCUCAAGAAGGAAGUUCGUGUGACAUGUCGUCGUUUAAGGGCGCCGUUUAGAAGAUUUCGUUAUCGCAGAUAGGGACAGGGUUAUAUUUUAAUACCCAUCUUUG